AUGACGGCUUUGCGUCUGUCAGACAAUUGGAACAAGGAUAUUCAUGUGAGCCAGGGUGCCGCAGACAGCUCGAUGGACAUGGACCGUUUGAACAGAAACACGACCGGGAGCGGGGCCCAUGCCCACCAGGUGUUAAAGAGCACUCCUCUGGAUUUGAUCCAGACUGGAAAGGGCCUGAAGUUCCAGGCUGAGCGCCCACAUCUUGUCAGCCUAGGUAGUGGACGUCUGAGUGUUGCCAUCACUCUGCUCCCCUUGCCUGAGGGUCGCACAACUGUUGGUCAUGGGCCCAUGGACAUCAACAUCCAAGGCCCUGGGGUAGAAGCUCAACAUUGCUACAUAGAAAAUAGGUCAGGGGUGAUCAUGCUACACCCCUGCGGGAACAUGUGUGCAGUUGAUGGACUCCAAGUGACACAACCCAUUCGCUUGUCCCAAGGUUGUAUGCUGUGUUUUGGUCAGUCGGCAUUUUUUCGCUUCAACCACCCUGAAGAGGCAAUAAGGAUGAAGAGUAUGAUGCCCUUGGCAGGCAGCGUCUCUACAGGGGACUACAGACAAUGUGGAGACACAGAAACCUUGGUCAAUGGGAACCAUCAAGCUAGUCCAGCACAGUCUUCCCAAGAAAUUGGUGAGCGAGUCCAGUCUGAGCACAGUGCAAUUGUAAGCUCGAUUGAAAAAGACCUCCAGGACAUCAUGGACUCAUUGGCCAUGGAUGACCCUGAACCUUGCUCCUCUGAAGACAAAAAGCCCCCUGGAGCCCAACCAGUUACUAAUUCACCCUUGUUACCCAUGGUCAAUGGUGGGGGCAGGUAUUUGCUGUCACCUCCUACAAGUCCUGGGGCCAUGUCUAUGGGAUCCAGCUAUGACAAUACAUCUCCACCCUUUUCCCCUCUGUCUUCUCCUUCAGCAGCCAGCAGCGGUAGCAUUACUAGCCCUUCUCCUGGUGGAGCACCCCAGGACAUUUCUUCUCUGCCUCCAGUGCCUGCACGCUCCUCUAGUUACAACUUCACCAGCCAUUCACAACUUGUCACACAACCACGGACCACCCUACCUAAUUUUAAUGCUAGUGGCAUGGGUCAGAAGAUUCAAGAAAGCCCCAGGCUACAAAGAAAGAUUUUAGGGGAGGCUCCUUCGAGUCCUAAACCUAGUCACAGAGGAGUAUGCCAAGAUGGUUCAGAGAGUCUCGGCCUGACCGCUCCUUUGUCUUCAAAUGAAUCGCUCAGUAGCAGAAAUACAUUGCCAAACACCCCUGGCUUUAAUUCCAAGUUUCCAACAUGCCCUUCCUUAUCUGCUAGUACGAGGACCAAGACAACCACAGUACUACAUGAGAGGCCUGCUAGCCCCUUCAGAGAGCAGACAUGCUUAACCGAUCGCUCCAUCACAUCAAGCCCAUCUAGGCAACUUUCCCAACCAUCUAAACCUUUUCAGCCUCCUCUCGAUCCAAUUGUCCAUAUUAUCCAAGGCUCGCCAUGCCAGCAGCCACCAGAGAGCCCUCGCAUGGCCAGGCGAAACUUUGAACUGAAUGGUGUAGGAGGUAAUGUGAGAGAACUUCCACCUCUGAGUCCCUCCAUUGCUCGUAGAGGUGUCCCAGUUCUCCCAGGGGCACUCCCAGGAACGGUACCAAUCCUGAAGACACCUGAUAGCCCAUCCGGACUAGGCGUGCUAGUAUCAGAGAGUCCAAGGCUUCAUCGGAAGACCGGAACCACACCUACGGAGCUGACUAGCAGCUGGGGAAUGCGAGCUCGUAGUCCUUCACCUACAUCUCUCAUGAUGGAAAGUGGAACAGGAAUACGAAAAGCCAGCUUUGGGAAUUCUCUUUCAUCUGCAUACAGUCUUGGUUCUUUGCCUGGCUCAUCUCCCGUGUCCAGCCCUAGAAGCAACAGGAAGAUAACAGGUCGGCCGGGGAUGAGGGAGAGGAAGAACAGCAUAUCAGAAAUCAGCGACAAUGAAGAUGACCUUUUGGAAUAUCACCGACGACAGAGGGAAGAGCGACUUCGAGAGCAGGAAAUGGAGAGACUGGAGAGACAGCGCCUGGAGACAAUCCUAAAUCUUUGUGCUGAGUACAACAAAGGAGAGAGCAUCAGCCCAGACCCAGUCACUUUUGGGACAACAGGUUUCCCAGGGGGGGUUUCAGAUGGCUCUGUGCCGGGCUCAUCCAUUGAGAGCAUCCUAGGAGGAACGCCGACUUCGGCCUCUUUGCGUCUGGCACAGAGACAGAGGGAGAGCGAUGAGGAGAACCUAAAGGAGGAAUGCAGUAGUACUGAGAGCACUCAUCAGGAGGUGAGGACAUUUCCAGCUCCAUGCACAGCAUCAGCACUGCUAAAUGGAGACAAACAGCAUGAGGAUGCGACCAGUUCAGAUCGAAUAGAGCUGGGCUACCUUGAGGAAGAGAGAGUGCGUGUCUUGUCACGGCUUGAUGAACUCAAGACACGACUGACGGAACUGGAGCAACAGUACCAAGAGUCCAAACAAGAGGCUGAAAUGGAACGUGCCUUACUGCAGGGAGAGAGGCAGGCAGAACUCGACCAGAUCGAGGCAGAGACAGACAUCAUCAGCCAGCUACAGCGCAAGCUAGAUGAGCUAGAGAGUGCCAUUCAGCAAGAGAAAGACAAGGAGAGGGCUAAUGUUGAGGCCGAACGCCGGGCCUUGCAGAGACUCCAGGAGGGCCAUGCUGAGCUGAAGAACCAGCUGUAUAACUGUCCCGAGUCCCUACGCGAACAAUUGCAGGAACAGUUCAAAAGGGACGGAGAAGCUCUGGAAGCAGGAACCAAAAAGUUUGAAGAUCUGGAGUUCCAACAACUUGAGAGAGAAAGCAGCCUCGAGGAGGAAAGAGAAACAAUGAGCCAGCAGUUGCUGCAGGAAAGAGCAGAAUACCACAGCACUGUGGCCAAAAGAAAGGAAAAAGUGUCCGCUCUGGAGAACCAGGCCAACCAGCUGGGCCUCCAGGCAUCUCAGGAAUGUGAGCGUCUUGCCAAAGACAGGACCAUCACUCUGCAAAUGCUCCAAAAGGAAAAGGAGAGUCUAUCUGCUCUGGAACAGAGAUACCACAGCUUAACUGGAGGGAAAAGUUUUCCUAACUCCUCUACAGCGAUGCGAGAAGAAUAUGUAACAGUGAACCAGUUGAGUCAAAUGUAUGGAAUGCCAAAGGUGGAGUCGUCCCCCACCUCUCCACUACGCCAUCCCCUGCAGUCUGGAGCUGUAGCUAGCGCCUUCUCCUGCUCCCCUUCUUCUCCAGGCUCCUCCUUGUCUUUGUCUCUGCUGUACCAGUCUGAAAGCAGCAGGUCUCCAUUGCUCAAACUAGAUUUAGAACAAUGGUACCAGGAGCUGUUGGCAGGUUCCAGCCAGCUCUGGUCUCCCCCUCUGCCAGCCAAGUCAUUAUCAGGCCGCAGGCCCACUCUGCAGGUGUUCCGCUCCAAGCUAGACAGUGAAGCAGGACAGUCCCCUCAUUUAGCCAAAUCUGGAUCUUCUCCGCAGCAGGGCGCAGCAACAUUGGGGCGCAACACAAGCUCUAAGGUAAGCCCUCUUCUAACCCCUAAAAGCUCAAGCAGCCUGCCCAGAAACCUGGCUGCCACCCUGCAGAGCAUUGAAACUAAGAGACAGCUUGCGCUGCAGCAGAAAGGUCAACAGGUAAUUGAAGAGCAGCGACGUCGUCUGGCUGAGCUUAAGCAGAGAGCAGCAGCAGAGGCUCAGUGUCAGUGGGAGGCGCUCCAUGGCUCGCAGCCCAACCUCAUCACCUCAAUGCCAUCCUACCCCCCGGUAAUGUCCUACAGUCCUGCACUCAGUCACAGGUCUGCAGGCCCCCCUCCUUUGGUCCAGCACUCCAUUCUACAUCACAAUCCAGCAUCAGCCAGUGAGCGGCCUUAUGACACGCUGAGCCUGGAGAGUUCUGACAGCAUGGACACCAGUGUGUCCACAGGAAACAACUCUGCUUGCUCGCCAGAUAAUCUGUCAAGUGUUGGAGGAGCGGACGUGCUGAAGAUUGAAGAGAUGGAGAAAAUGUUGAAGGAGGCACAGAUGGAGAAAGCCAGACUUAUUGAGUUUCGGGAACAGGAGAGCUCCGUUCGCCAUCAGAUGCUGGAGGAAGAGCGUAAAAGGAGGGAAGAAGCAGAGAAAAGACUACAGGAAGAAACCCUGCACCGACAGCAGCUGGUGGAGAAGGAGGUUAAGUUGAGAGCCAAGAACUUCUCGCAGGCCCGUCCCAUGACGCGCUACCUGCCAAUUAGGAAAGAGGAAUUUGACCUUCGUGCACACAUUGAGACAUCAGGCCACAGCGUGGACACCUGUUACCACAUCAUCCUCACUGAGAAGAUGUGUAAGGGCUAUUUGGUCAAGAUGGGAGGCAAGAUCAAGUCAUGGAAGAAACGCUGGUUUGUCUUCGAUCGCAUGAAAAGGACUUUCUCGUACUACGUCGACAAACAUGAGACCAAGCUGAAAGGCGUGAUAUACUUCCAAGCUAUCGAAGAGGUUUAUUAUGACCACCUCCGCAGCGCCACUAAGAGCCCAAACCCCGCCUUAACGUUUUGCGUAAAGACCCACGACCGCCUCUACUACAUGGUGGCACCCUCGGCAGAAGCCAUGAGGAUCUGGAUGGACGCCAUUGUCACGGGUGCUGAGGGCUACACUCAGUUCCUCAACUGA